AUGAAGGUAGCUAGGUACCAGGUAGUCUUCGCUGGAUUCUUCUUCUUCUACCUCAAUGUCAAGCCAAACCCACCAGCCGCAGCAACCCCCAACUCCCCUUCCUACCUUUCCCAACCCGACAUCACCAUCCCCAUCUCCCGCUCCUCCUCCAUCCCAAUCGACAACACCCUCCCCUCAGGCACGAACCUCAUCCCACCAACGCAGGCCGUCAACCGCCUCGGGUUCCACGGCAUGGUGCGCGACUCGCUGGCUCGGCUCACGGCCGAUCCGCUCCGCGUGGGCCUGCACCUGAACGCCGGCCGGCCGGUCGCGCAUCCAAGGCAGUUCGUCCCCUGGCUGGCGGGACAGUGGGAGGAUGCGAGCUUUUGGUUUGGUGGGACGGCGUUGUGCGAGGUGGAUAGCGGGAGCGGCGGUCGGGGUCGGGGACAGCUUUGA